CACCUCCUCUCCUCCUUCUCCUCCUUCUCCUCCUCGUCCUUGUUUAUGAUUCUCCUAUUUAUAUCCCCUUCUCUGCUUUUACUAUUCUGACUUCCUCCGCGUCUGGAUCUCUCCCUUCUAGUUUUCAUCCUCUUCCUCCUUCCCCUUCCUCUCUCAUUUCCCUUCCUCAUCAAUUUCCAUUUCCAUGGCUGAUCAGCUCACCGACGAUCAUCUCGAGUUCAAGGAGGCCUUCAGUUUGUUCGACAAGGAUGGCGAUGGCUGCAUCACCACCAAGGAACUGGGGACUGUAAUGCGUUCAUUGGGCCAGAAUCCAACUGAAGCUGAGCUACAAGACAUGAUCAAUGAAGUUGAUGCUGAUGGAAAUGGAACCAUCGAUUUCCCUGAGUUUCUUAAUCUGAUGGCAAGAAAAAUGAAGGACACUGAUUCAGAGGAGGAACUCAAGGAAGCUUUCCGCGUGUUUGAUAAAGAUCAGAAUGGGUUCAUUUCUGCCGCCGAGCUCCGGCACGUAAUGACAAAUCUAGGUGAGAAGUUGACAGACGAGGAAGUUGAUGAAAUGAUCCGUGAGGCUGACGUUGACGGUGAUGGGCAAAUCAACUAUGAGGAAUUUGUGAAAGUCAUGAUGGCCAAGUGAGAAUCAAACUGAAACCUUAUAAACCUUAAUCUGCUUGAAAAUGAAGAGGGAUAUGGGCAGAUAAGUUGAUGAUAUCAUUUGUUUUCCCAUUUAGGUUGUCUCCAUUUUGUUUUACUAUCUAUGUUUGUCUCUCUCGUUUCCAUUAUUAUUUGUGGUACUGUCUUUUCAGUAUCCUGUUUCUUUGCUGCAACGAUAUCUGUAGUCUGGCAUGGCUGUUCGUGUCGGUAGUCUCUCUAAUUUUUCAUAUUUCUUUCUACCUGUGAUGCUAUGAACUCAGAAACCAUUUGUUGAUCGAAUCAGAGGAUUUUGCUUGUGGGAA